AUGGUGUACUUUCACGGUGGUGACUUCUUACGAGGAAGUCCAAACAGCAUCAACCCGUUUCAAAUAGUACUUAAACAAAAGGUCAUCUUUGUCACCGUUGCUUAUCGGUUGAACAUAUUUGGGUUCUUUUCAUCUUUGGACAACGAAGCUCCAGGUAACUACGGCUUACUGGAUCAAGUAGCUAGCCUAAUUUGGGUAAAAAACAAUAUUGCAAGCUUCGGAGGCGAUCCAGAAAACGUUUGCAUUUUCGGACAUGACGCUGGGGCUGUUAGUGUUGGUCUGCACCUCAUCUCAUCUUAUUCUGCUGGACUAUUCCAAAAAGCCAUCGCAAUGAGUGGCAAUGUCUUAUCACCAGGAACUGUAAGUGUAGCUCGAAAAGAAUCAGCCACUGUUGAGAAAGUAGCGAGCGCGUUCAGUUGUUUUCGCAGGCCAACUUAUAAGCUAUUAGGAUGUCUCAGACGAGUUAACUACCAAGCUCUUUUAGACAUUGGUGAACCAUUAGCUGAAUGGAAACCGAUGGUAGAUAUUGGAUUGAGUAACUUAUCCACACCAUUUUUACCAGAUUUACCAAGUAGAAUGUUCAAUGACGAGUAUUUUUCACCCGUACCAAUUUUAACUGGUUACACAAAUAUGGAAGAUGCUCUAUUGCUCCAGAAAGAAGGCGAAGACUCAGGAAUUAGUCCAAGAGAAUUCGAUGUUAUGCGAGAAGAAGUGAUACUAUCAGAUAUCACUGUCGACAACAGUUCAUGUUUCACAAACCAACAUCAUAUUCAAGAUGCCGUUGCAUUUUUUUACAAGCCAAUACCGCCUACGACAAAUGAAACUAUUUUACGAAAGCAGUUUUUAGAUUUUUACACUGACAAAGUACACGGGGCCACUACGUACCAACUAGCCAAACACAUAAGCAAGCAUGCCCCUAUUUAUCUCUAUCGUUUUGAUUUAAAACCAUUUUCGGAUAUAGCUAAUGAAGGUAUCCCAGAGUGGAUCGAUGUACCUCACAAUUUCGAUUUAAUUUUCAUCUUUGGCUUACCGUAUUUAGCUUUACCAGAAGAUUAUCCCAAAUGGGAUUACAGAGAUAAGAGUGUUAGCGAAAUAAUGAUGAAAAUGUGGUCGAAUUUUGCUUGGUACGGUAAUCCAACCAAUUCUGGAGUAAUUAUAGAAUGGGAUCCAUUCGAAAUUGAAAAACCAGGUUAUUUAAUAAUUGAUCGUCAAAACUUUUCGAUGAGUACACCCGAGAGGAUAAAUUACCGGGCUUUCGAGUUUUGGACCGACUUUUAUCCAAAAGUUGUAGAAAUAGGCACGAAAUGUUGCAAAGAAGGCGUCGAGGAUUCCGGCACCGAUUCCAUUAUAACGACCGGGCUUGUAAACAGUUUAUUGACUUUACAUCUCAUUUUAAUCUUAAUCUCGUAA